AUGGCUUUCGGACAAAAUUCACGAGGUGGUAGUCGUGGUCGUGGUGGUGGUGGUGGAUUCAGAGGAGGUCGAGGCGGUAGUGGUGGUCGCGGCGGUGGACGAGGUCGCGGUGGUAGCGUAGGUUUCGGAAAUCGUGGAGGUGAUCGGGGUGGUGGUUUCGGUGGUCGUGGAGGUUUCGGAAAUCGUGGAGGCGAUCGUGGUGGUGGUUUCGGAAGUCGUGGAGGUGAUCGCGGAGGUUAUCGUGGUAGUAGCCGAGGUGGUAGUCCAGGCGGUAAAUUUGGUGGUGGAGGAGAUCGAGGCCGUGGCGGCAGACCAAGCGGUGGAAGACCAUCAGAACCACGUGAACUCAUGAGUGAUAGUAUUUACGUCGGUCAAUUACCUGCUGAUAUUCAAGAAAGUGACAUCAAAAAGCUUUUUCCAAAAGCAAAAACUGUACAUGUCACACCCGCUGCAGGACCCCGACCUGGACAUGCUUUUAUUACAUUUCCUGAUGAUACCUCAGCCGCAGCAGCUGUUAAACAAGGUGCUACAUUUAAAAACAAUCCACUUAAAGUAGCAUUUCAAAAUAAACGUGCUGAACCACAAAAACGAUCAUCCGAUGGAGACGAUGAAUCAGGUCCUAAAUCGAAAAAGCUUAAAGGUGAUUCAUUUGGUGCUAAAGGAGCGGCAAAUAAAGAUGGCGUCAAACCAAAAGGCAAGAAACCAGUCGGUUCCGAUGAUGACGAAGACGAUGAUGAUGAAGAAUCCAUGGACUUCGAAGAUGAUGAGGAUGAUGAUGAAAACGACGAUGAUGAAGACGACGACGACGAUGACGAUGAAGAAUCAGAUGAAGAAGAUGAAAAAAAGAUUAAAAAAACAGUCGCCAAAAUGGUUUCUGGAGGAAAAUCAGAUAAAGCUGUAAAACAAUCAGCAGGAAAAAAUGUCGAAGAAGAAGACGAUGAUGAAGAUGAUGAUGAUGAAGACGAUGAUGACGAAGAUGAUGAUGAUGAUGAUGAUGAUGAAGAAGAAGAAAGUCCAGUUAAAUCAAAACAGACUCCGCCUUCAUCAGCAAAACCAAAAACACCAAAUGCUGCUGCAAAUAACAAUAAAGGCAAAGCAGCAUUAACGAAACCAACUGUCAUCGAUAAUUCACUUAAAAAACCGACCAAACCAUCAGAUCAAGCAACUACAAAAAAACAAACACCAGCUGAAACCCAAAAACGUUCACUUGAUGUUGCUGAUAAAUCAGGUCCUCAAGCAAAAAAACUCAAGAAUGAAACACCAGCGGUUGGUAAAAUUGGUUUGAAAGGAAAAGGAAAGAAAGUUGAAGAAGAGGAAGAAGAUGAUGACGAUGAUGAUGAUGAUGAUGAUGAACUUGAUUUUGAUGAAGAUGAUGAUGAUGAUGAUGACGAAGACGACGAUGAUGAUGAUGAUGAUGAGGAUGAUGAAGAAGAAGAAACACCCAAAAAACCUGUUGGUAAAUCACCCAUGACUGGAAAACAAGCUAAACUUGCUACCAAACCAUCACUUGCUGAAGACGAUGAUGAAUCCGAUGAUGACGACGACGACGACGACGACGAUGAUGAAGAUGAAAAACCUACAAAAAAAACACCGAAGCCAACUCCUGCUUCGAAACAAACUAAAUCUGCGACCAAACCAUCGGCUGUUGAAGAUGACGAAGAUGAUGACGACGAUGACGAUGAAGACGAUGAUGACGACGACGACGAUGAUGAAGAAUCUUCACCUAAAGCACCACUCAAAUCUGCUUUAAAAAAGACACCAUCAGUUCCAACUCCAACCAAACAAAAACCGUCAUCUACUCCAACCAAAGCAGCACAAAUUACAAAACAAGAAACACCUAAAUCCAAAGAAGCACCUAAAAAACAAGAAACUCCCAAAACACCAGCUGCUGAUAAACCACUCAAUAAAACACAGCUAUUUAUUAAUUCAAUAAAAGAAAGUGUUAGUGUAUCAGACAUGAAAUCACUUUAUCCAAAAGCGAAAUUAGUUAAAAUGCAAAAACGUAAAGUUGGUCCAAAUAAUAAAUUGAUUCAAUUCGCUUUCGUUACAUUUGAAAACGAAGCUGACUGUGCCGAUGCAUUAAAAGCUCACACACAGAUUGGUGGUGCUCCAGUUAACGUUUCCUAUGCAUUUGCACCCGGAAAUAAACAACAAAAUAAAGCAAAUAAUGAAUCAAAUAAAAAACAAGAACAAAAGCCAGCAAAUGGAAAUAGUAAACAAGAAAAGAAUGGAAAACAAGAAAAAAAUGACAAAAAACAAAGUCCACUAAGUGAAAAAACAAAUAAAAAAGAGAAAGCUAAAGCUGAAACACAGCUUUCAACUAAUUCAAUUUACGUUGGUCAAUUACCCGAACAUGUUAUUGAAGAUGAUGUUAAAGCUCUCUUUCCAAAAGCAUCUAAAGUUGAAUUAUUUGCAGCUAAAGCCAAAAAUAAAGGUGUUCGACCUGGUUUUGCUUUUGUCACAUUUUCCGAUGAUAAUUCAGCUGCUGCUGCUAUUAAACUUGGACCAUCACUAACAAUUAAAAAUACGCAAUUGAAAGUUGCUUAUCAAACUAAGCGAGCAACGCCGGUAGCUGCUGAAUAA